UUUCCCUUGAAAUGUUAACCAAUCACAUGUCUUAAAAUUAUUGUAUCCAGCAACAAGGAAAACAAACUGCCAAGAAGAAAAACAGUCAUCAUGAGUCAGCUUGCAGUAUCAUCGCGCCAGAUUGGGAAGCCCAAGUCCAUGACUCGACCGACCACCUGGAGUGAACAGGUGGAGGAGGCAUACCGGUUUCAACUGGCUGGCUACAGAGACGAAAUAGAAUACAGAUCAGUACAGAAGACAGACCAGAUUGACCGCUGGCCACACAAUGGAUUCGUGAAGAAGCUCAUUCGACGGGAUGGCUGUUUCUAUUACUUCAACAAGACGAGGGAGUGUCCUGAUAAAGACAUCAUCCAGACGAAACUCUAUGCAUACUGAUGCUGACAAUGUAUUCAUGCCCCGUGGCCCAAUGUGUUCUGCUGGUCAGAUGUACGUGCUUUAGUUGGAUCUCAUUUUUCUUUCAUCAUUUAAUGCCAUGUGAUUCCAUCCAUUGCAAUACCAUUCGGUUAUUUCAUUCCAGUGUUUAUAGCAAUUCUGUGAUUGGUUCUAGACAAUUAAUUUUGCUUGUGCUACUCCAAUAGCAUUUUACUAUUCUUUUUAAUGCAUAUAUACAUUGCAUGUAUACAUAUAUGUUGAAAAUGUCAGUGCUUUUGGUUUUGAAAAUUGAUGAUGAGCAAUAAAUUGCUCUUCUACAAUUAUGUCGGAGAGUAAUUGCUCUUAGUGUCAAAUUCACAUCAAUUGUGAGUAAAAUAAAAUAGCAAUGUUGAUGUGUGAUGAGGCGAGCAGUUUUUAGGCCAUGUGGAAAUGGUUUUCAAUGAGCAAACCUGAGCCAGAUGCUCACAUCAAACGACAAGGACUGAGGUGUUAUUUGUUUGAUCCAGAAAUACAGAAAUUUAUCUAUUCCAGAAAUUCAAUUAUCUAGAUAAAUUAAAGGACUGAAGUGUUAUUUCUCUAAUCCAAAAAUACAGAUAUUUAUCUAUUCCAGAAAUUCAAUUAUCUAGAUAUAUAUGCAUGACUACUCUAGAAAUAUAUUUUUAAAAAAUUCACAGUUGAGUUAUAAUUAUAAAACUUUCAAAAAAAUAUUAUUAUAAUCUGGUUAUAUGUCUGCAUUAGCACAUUUGGUAAUUGGACUUUUACAUAGAUCAAAAAUUAGUAUUAAUAAUUGUGAUCAUAUUAUUUAUAUAUUUAGAACAGUGUCAGAAAUAUUAUUUUGUCAAAUGGAUGGAAGGCAGUAUUUGCUGUUAUCUAUGACUCGUAGAAUGAAAUGCAUUACUUGCCACAAAACAUCUUUGAAAGCAAUUUUGACUGGGUUUUUUUUUUUUUUUUUUUUACAUAGUUAAUUUUUCUUUAGAAUUAUUCAGUACAAAUGUAUUUGGUCUGCAAACAGAAACAUGUAAUGCACCAAUGAUUUUAACUUUUAAAAAAAUCAUGAUGAGAUACAUUGCAUAUAUUUAUCUACUAGUAUUCCAUCAUAAUUUUUAAAAACAUUAUUAAUUUCUUUUAUUUCUUUUUAUUUCUUUUUUAUAUUGUUUAUCUUUGUGACUGGUUUGAAUGCUGUUCAUUUCUCUUACGGAAAUAAAGUCAUGUACAUAUAAUAGCUCUUGCAGAACAACAAAUGGUCUAUUUGAGUAGUGCAAUUUAUGUUUGAAAGAAAAACUAAAUCAAAAGAAUUCCAAGAGUUGUGUUAGAACAUGUUACAAGCAAUAUUAAAUAAAUGGUUUUAGCUGUAAA